UGACAUCAGAAGAAUUUAUAAACCUGUUAUUGUUCAGAAAAGUGAAACUAAAUUGUACACAAUACGGGCAUCUGAAGAUCAGCACCACAGAAGGAUAGGUUGCAGACAAACAUAAUAAAUCCAAAAUACAGGUUUUAAUGACAAGACGAUCAGAAGCAACACACAUUUAACAUUACGGUGAACGGACAAGGAGUGACUGAAACGGGGUAACAAAAACAAGGUUUUGAAGUGCAGCUGAGAACAAAACAACAAAGGACAAUGGCUGAGAAUCUGCAUCACAGAGGAUUUCAGCUCUGUAGUCUACCUUCAAAUAGUGCAGCAUUAUCACUGAAAAAGAAUGGUAAUAUUAAUAUCAUCCUUCUGGGGAAAACCGGAGUUGGGAAAAGCUCAACAGGAAACACCAUCCUGGGAGAGAAGAGAUUUAGAUUUAAAAAAAGUCUGAAAUCUGUAACACAGUUUUGUGAGGUUGGAAAAUCAGUUGUUGAAGGCAGACAUGUAUCUGUUGUUGAUACUCCUGGGUUUUUUGACACAAAACACGAAGAGGAGGAGCUGGCUUUGGAGAUUGCAAAGUGUGUGUUUCUGUCUACACCAGGACCUCAUGCCUUCUUAUAUGUACUUCCUGUAGAAAGAUUCACAGAGCAGGAAGAAAUGGUAUGGCAAAUAAUGAAAAUGAUGUUUGGUGAAGGUGUAUUGAAACAUCUUAUACUGCUCUUCACAAAUGGGGAUGAUAUUGACCUGAAGGCAUUUGAGUCAGAAGUAAAUGAGUGUGAAAAGUUAAGAAACAUUGUUUCCAGCUGUCAGGGGUAUCACGUCUUCAACAACAAAGAUCAGAAUAACAGAGAGCAGGUGAAUGAUCUACUGCAGAAGAUUGACACAAUGAUAGAGCAGAAUGGAGGAGGACACUACAGUAAUCAGAUGUUUGAGGAGGCAAAGAGAAUUAAACAAGAGGAAGAUAAAAGCAGUUGCAGGUGCUUUGGCUGUCGCUGUGAAUGUGCAUUUAAGCGUUUCUGGCAAAAUUUCAAGGAAUUUUUCAGAGGCAUUGCACAUACAAUGUGUAUAAAAAGAAAGAAUCCAUACAGGCCUUUGUAGUUUUAGUUUGCUUUAUUCACACAAUAUGUUUUUAUAACCUUAACUUUCUGCUGAUUAUUUCUGUAACAAUAAUCAGACACUUUCUUUCUGUUCUUUUUCAUAUAUGGUCAAAUUGUUGAAUGAUACAAAGUUUCAGAAAUGUCAUGGUUUGAAUGAGAAAGUUGUGUUUUAAGUUCAUCUUUAUAAGCUCAGUUGUCUGAGUUACACCCCUUGAUGAUUUAGGAAUCAUUCUAAAACAUGUAAAUAGAAAAUGACUAAACUAUUAUGAUUGCAGUUGUGGGAACACAGCUUGAGCCAAUAAAAAGACCAACAUGUUCAA